AUGGAGAGUGCCAAGCAGCUAAUUCAAAAUAUAACUUCAGUAAAGGAUGCUUUGGAGAAGCUCAAGAAAUCAGAUGAGUGUUUGGAGAAGGCUAAAGAUUGGGCAGAGCAGAACAAGGACAGAUUCCCCAACGAUAAAAUGAUCACUGCGACUGCUCAGCUACGCCUUAUCGUUAAGAAAAAUCUCAUUGCGAUGGAAGAAGAGUUUGAGCUUGAGAAAGAUGAGGAAGAUGAAGAAGAGAAGAGUUUCUGUGAUAGUCCAUUUUCAAUUUGUAAAAGCCUCUUAGGCCCAGCUGAAAUAAACAAGGAGAUUAAGGUGAAUAAUCCCUACUUCAAGUACCUGCUGCAUGAGUAUGUUAGAAUCGUUGAUGUUUAUGCUGUUCAAGAUGAAAACAAGAUCAUCCGCUCAGCCAAGUUAUCUGUGUAUGAAAACAGGAUCCAUCUGCACAACCUUGAAGUAGGCGCUCCUCCUGAUGAUGCUUAUACAAUUAAGCACAGUGAUCUGAUUGACUUGUUGGACUCAUCAUCUACCCUGACUUUCCUAGACUUCAAGGAAGAUGGAGAGGAAGCAGAACGUGUAUACAUCCGCAUGAAUGGCGACACCACACGUGCGAAACAAUUCAUUCUGCUGUGUGCAGGCACCUGGGGUGGGUCCUACGCAGACACUGAUCUGAUCAUGAUAUGGAACAAAGGCUGUGAAGGCGAGUGUGUAUGGGGAGGGGACUACAACUACGGGAGUUCCAUUAUCCCUGGGCUUGUGACAGGAGGCGAGUACCAACACCCCAAUAAACUGGGGACUGUCAGUGGCUGGUACACAGACUACCGAGGAACAAGGUUCUGCAUCACAACCAAAGACAAAUCCCAUUGCAACCUCAGUUCUGCAUUCGGGAUGGUUGAGAGAGGGAUAGAUGUUGUGGUUAAGAUAGCUCGAUUGUUUCACGGUAGAGGUUGGAAAGUGGCAAGCUGUGGAUUAGUGAUAGAGGAAGGGUGCCUUAACAGGACUCAGAGAAGAAAUACUAGGGAAGAGGAAGACCAAUCUGACACUUCUAGCAACUCAAGUGGCAGUCUGUGAAAUCUUGAGCUUCGUCAACUGAACUGUUGAAAUGAUUUGUAUUGGGGGAGGAAUAAGAAAAACUAGGUAGUGACACAGCCAGUACUUUCAUGUGCCAUUAAAGACAAAAUAACAUCAGAAGAAUGUAGAAUGUACCUUCUGAUGUUAAGCAGUAUUAUUAUAUUGUUGAAUACUAUUAAGAUCCUUAUAUUUAACAUCUAAGCUGUCAUUCCAUUGAUGAUCUGAUCACUGUAGCUGAGCAAAACUUUUACUUUCCUUCUCCUUUAGUAAAUACAUCUUUAAGUGAAGGAAGUAAGCAUGCUGAAGAGCUGAAAAUGUUGACUGCUUCAAUAAUCCAUAGCCAGUAUGUUUUGUUUUUUGUAUGUAUAUGUAUUAUAAUUGUCAUAUAUUCAAGAUUUUAUUAGUCUUAGGUCAUUCUUUUCCCUAGUGUUUAUGUCUUUCUGAACAUGCUGAACAGUGUUAGCUCUGUAGAUGUAUGUAUGUAUAUUUUUAUAUAUGUAGUAAUUGUAAAGCCUGACAAAUAAUAAAAAUGAAAUUAAUUUU